AUGGGGACCCCCAGGCCCAAGUACCAGCUACACGGUCUUGGGAAGAAAAAGCCCCACCGCCCCGCUCCUUUCAUAUACACAGUGCACAGACCUCAUGCAGCCCCAAAGGGGCAAGAAGAGACUUUAAUUAGGGGAGGAAGCGGGAUCCACCAGAAUAAGAAAAGGUACAGCGAGCGUGGGAGCAGAGGAGCCAGAGCAGGCGCAAGAGCCCCAGCUCAGGAAGCUCUGGAGGACUCACCCCUCCACCUCCAGCACAGGCACUGCACUGACAGACAAGGCAAAACAGCGGCCCCUCUCAGCUGGGAGGGCACAAAGUGGCCCCUGUGGCCAGAGGUGCCUGGCUUUCAGCGCCCAGCUCUGAGGCAUGGCUGGUGGCCACCAGUUCAGCCCUUGUCCCCAGCCAGCACUGGGUGGCUAUCUUCAGGCAGAGCUCAGGAAGCCAGCAGAGAGUCCCAACAACUUCUACUGGGCCUAAGGAGGCUCAGGAGUAAGAGGGCAAGGGAAAGGAAAUGGGAGUCUGAAACCUUCCUCCUUCCCUCCCUCUCUCCCCACCUGGGGCUUCUGGGGGGGGGGAGGGAGGGGGGGGAGACACACAAUAGUCGCCUUCUGGCUCCAGGCCCGCCCAGACCCACAGCGACCAAUAUGGUACAAUCACUGGGACCAGUCACAGCCACUGGAGGUGGAGGUUGUUUUGUUAAAAAAAAAAAAAAAAAGACAAAAAGGUUACAGUCUCCUACAAGCACAGAAUUUAAGUUUCAAGACGUUAAAAAAAAUCUGUCCCAGCCCAGGGGACCGAACAUCAGAAGCCAGCCUGACCAGGCACGUGUGGCCUUGGGGCAGGUCCACUGCUGCUUUGUUGCCCAGCUAGCAAGCAUACCACCCACCUCCCGCAUCGAAUGCCCACCCCGACCCAGCACCCCCACCCUGCCGCCGCCGCCGCUACGUGGGGGAGUCUGA